CAGUACAAGCAGAACCUUAGCAACGGCAACACAACCCAGCUCGCACAGCAAAAUAAUUCUCGAUUGUUUUGACGAGUGUGCAAAGUUACGUUUUUGGCGCCAAACAAAAGAAACAUUUACGAAAUUAUUUAUUCAAAUAAUUUUCUGAAUUUAAAUAAAAAAUUAAAUAAAUUAAAAAGUGUUAAAAUAUAUCAAGUGCAUAAAGUGAAAUCAUUUUGCAAAAUAAAGUGAACUUUUAAAAAUUUGCAAAAUCAAAGACAAUGGCAAUCGCUUACUUUAUACCCGAUCAGGCUCAAUUGUUGGCCAGAGGUCGCCAACAAGCUGCUGCAAAUACAACAAGUUCUUCAGCGAACAAUUCUCCACACAAUCAACAGCAACAGCAGCGACCACAACAACAGCAGCAGCAACGUGGCGGCAAUUCACAAUUUCGCGCCAACAUUUCGGUGCCUUUGGGUCGCGAACAAGGCGCCAUGACGAUGUCGGAGUUCGGCUGUUGGGAGCUGUUGGCCCAAAUCUUUUGCUAUGCCUUGCGACUCUACAGCUACAAUCCUGCACAGCGUCGUCCAACCGUUAUCCAGAUAUCCUUUGAGAUCAGCAGCGGUGCCAGCAAUCAGGAAGCAGAAGCGGAAACGGAAGUCAAUGCUGCUGAUGGAGAUGUGACUGAUGCGAGCUCGAAACAGCAAUAGAUUGGACAAGAAGAUAAAACACUACUAUAUACUACAGAACACUCAACACUGACGAUUGUACAGUUUAUUUUUUGGUGGAGGCUCAAUCAAAGCGCAUUGUGAUUUUUGGGGAGAAGAUGGAAGAUGGAAAAGUGCUAACGAAAUGUAUUUUAUAAUUGAUUUUUGAGAAAAUUCAAAAUUUGUCAACGAUUUGCUGAAAGUGAUAUAUGAAGAUUGUUCGUACUGUUUUGGUGUCAAAUUUUUCUAGUAUUUUUUAAAAACGAGAGAGAGAAAGAUAAAGAGCGAUGAGUACAUUUUGUAAGGCCUAAGUUUUGAGAUGUGUAAAAGGUUUCGGGUUGUAAAGUUGGUUCAAAUUCGAGGCGUCGCUUCAAGACUUAUUUCAAUACUAUAUCGUACACCUAAUCUAGCAUCAGUGUCUACAUUAAACAAAAAAAUACAUUCAAACAGUCAAAAUCACACUAUCAUACAUUUAUAUAACUGCCACAUACGAAUUACUAACUAUAUUCAAUAUACAAUAUAUAUAUGUCAAAUUUUAGCAUUUCAAUUAGCGUAAAUAAAAAAUGCAAUUCAAACUUAUUCAAACUGAAAACUUGGUUAAAACUGGAAAGAUGCAACAAAUGUAACAAAUGAAAAAUACAACAAAGACAACAACUACAUUGUACAAAAUAGUAUUAAGCAGACGAUUUUUAUAUAUACACACAACUACAAAAUAAAUGUCAAUAAAACUGCAACAAAAUACAAAAAAAAUAUAUAAAAGGAAAGAAACCGCCGAACCAAAAUGAAAGACAACCCAAAUACAAAAUAAACAACAAACAUAAAUGUCCGAAAAGCAAAACAAUUUUUAAGCAAUUUUUGAUAAACAAAAACAAAUAUCUAUGCAUAUUUUAUGAUUAUUAUUGAUUUUAGCAAAAUUAAUCUACUAUAUUAUUUAUGUUUCAUAUUUUGACAUUAUUCGUAAACCGAUGGAAAACAUACUGAA